GGAGCUGCCUGGCCACGGCUUACAGGGCCCGCCCAACGGGAAGAGGGACCCUUGGAUGCCGGGGAGGGAAGAGACGGGAGACAGGCAUUUCAAAGAGGUCAGGGCCCCCCCCACGCACCCCACUCAGCCUCAGCCUUUGCCUUUCCAGCCCCUCCUGGUGCAUUUCUCAGUGGUGGACGGCCAGCCCGCGGAGUUUCCCCGCCCGCCCUCUCUCUGCCCCAGCUUGGACAGCGUGGAGCUGGCCUCCCCUGGACCCACAGGCCCGGCUUUCUGCCCCCGGCUCAAGACCCUCUCCUGCGAAGAAGUCUGUCUGCUGGCCAGCCGGCAGGGGCAGGUUUUCGGCACGCUCUCGCCCGAGGAGCUCUUCCCCAUCCGCCUCUCACCCAUUGGGGCUCAUUCUCCUCCCGCCAGGAGCGCUUUGCCCUUCCUGGACAGCCCGGACUUGGCCGUGCUCUUCUCCCCGUUCUUUCCCCGCAGCAGAACCUUCCCUGCCUUAGCUUUUCCACCUUGCCAGGUGCCCGAGCUGCCGAUUGGAGCCCCAGGCCCCCUUGACAGCCAGGCUGGACCAGCGGGGCCCAGGAGUGUCUCCUGGGGGAGCAUGGGAACCAAGGAAUCGGGACCUCCCGAGCAACUCCGGCAUUCUCAGUCUUUUGCUGGUGUCCCGAGCACGGACCAUCCGUGGAGGGCAGAUACGGACCAAGUCUUCACACAGCUGAGAGAGCAAAAGAAAGCAUUGCUUGUGGCGAUCAGCGCCUCCGUGGACAAGAUCGUGGCCCAUUUCAGCACAGCUAGAAACCUCGUCCAGAAGGCCCAGCUGGGAGACAGCCGGCUCAGCCCAGAUGUGGGCUACUUAAUCCUGAACACCCUGUGCCCGGCGCUCCGUGCCCUGGUGAGCGACGGCCUCAAGCCCUUUCAGAAGGACGUCAUCACGGGUCAGAGGCCAAGUUCCCCGUGGAGUGUAGUGGAAGCCUCUGCCAAGCCUGGCCCGCAGGCCCGAUCCCUGAAUGCCCUGUACUGGCGGGUCUCACGGCUGGCACCGCUCCGUAGCAACCAGCAGCGCUUUCACGCUUUCAUCCUGGGCCUCCUGAACAUGAAGCAGCUCGAACAAUGGUUCUCUCACCUGCAGCGGAACUCAGAGCUGAUCUCCGCGUUGUACUUGCCGACCGCCUUCCUGGUGCUGAGCCAAGGGUUCUGCCGCCGCUGGGCUGACGAACUGCUCCUGCUGCUCCAGCCUCUGUCCAUGCUGACCUUUCAGCUGGACCUUCUGUUUGAGCACCACCACCUGUCCCUUGACAUCCGGCCAAUGCCCCGGCAAGCUGCUACCCCACCAGAGCCGCCCCCCAGCUUCAGGCAAGCCGCUGGGCCCCGCCGGCCAGAUUUCUCUCGGUGCCAAGUUCCUCUUGUCAGGCAGGAAGACGGUCCCUUAGCCCAGUCCAGCCCGCUGCACCAGCCCCCUCUGCACCAGAGACUCCUCCAGUGGGGGGGUCGACUGACCCACACGCUGCGAGGCCACGAGCCCGGCCCCAUGCCGGAGCCGUGCACCCAAGCUGUCCAGCGGGAGACCGAAGACAAGCCGUGGAGCUGGCGGGAACAGCUCGGUUGGCCCUCGGAGGCUUGUGGCAGUUCCUCGGCCUCCAAGCAGGAGGGCUUUCCCUACACGCACUGGACCAAACUGCGGAUGGCUCUGGGGGAAGUCAUAAAAGAGGCCCACGGCGGGACAGGAGAGGCUGCAGCGAGCUCCGGCACUCUCCCUCCAACGCCCAGCCCUGGGGAAGGCCGCCCGCGGAAGGCCUCGGCCAGCAAGGUGGCGGGGCACUCGCCUGGAGCCGAGCCUCGGAGGAAGCUCGCCGCGACCACCCUGGGCACCGUGGAAGCCGAGGAGGCAGAAGGAACCCCUGAGGGCGGGGAGGCCCCCGGAGGCGGGAAGGCAACAUGGCUGGGGUGGCUGUUUGGAGCCAAUUACCCUGGAGCUUCCAGCGAGCCCAGCUUGAGUGCACCCAAACCCAGUCGGCGCCCCUCAAGCUGGCUGCCCCCCACCAUGAACGUUCUGGCACUGGUGAUGAAGACGGCGCCGACCGAGAAGAACUGGCAGGAGGAAUCGUGGGAGCACAGCGGUCCGGAUCCGCUGCAGGCUUACAGGGCUGUGCGUGCACUUUGCGACCACGCGGGGAGCGGGGCUGGCCACCUGAGCUUCCGCAAAGGUGACGUCCUGCAGGUCCUGGAUACUGUGGAUGAGGACUGGAUCCAGUGUUGCCACGGAGACCGCAAAGGCCUUGUCCCCAUCGGCUACACCUCUCUCAUCCUGUGAAGCACGGGGCCCAGACGCUGCUACUGGCACCAGCACCGCGGUAGAAAAGGGGGCCACCAAAGACACCCCCAGCCCCCCACCCUGUCAAAGGAGCUUCAGCAAAAUACGUGACCCCCACGAGGGAGACAAGAGCUGUGUGCACCACGUGUUUUCCAUUCUCGGCCGCACACCUGUCAUAAGCCCCCCAACUGCUGCCGGGGACCCCCAUUAACGGGGCCGAGGUGGCAGCCUAUCCAGGGUGCUGUUCCCAAGGGAGGCUGCCCCACUUCUCUCCAACCCCCCCUCCUGCCAGACCAUCCUGCUUGAAUGUCCUUACUUUGACUUGGCCAGUGCAAGCCCCAUCAUCCCUGAUGUUUGCUGUUCUCUGCCAUUGUGUGUCCCCCCCACACAUCAAAGGGUGACUCUUUCUCAUGUCUGCCUAUUGCAUAGAUGUGUGUAUAUAUAUGGUUCCCCUUUCUGGCUGCUUCCGUCUCCGUGCUGCUGCUACCCACACCGACCCCACACCAAAACCUUAGUGGCAUCACACAUGAUGGGAUCAGGACCCAUCUGGAAUGGCUGUCGCUGGAGGCCCGCUCCCUUCUCCCCCAUAUCACACACUCUGCUGGUAAUAACCAUGAUAUAAACAGCACUGUUCUGAUGUCAGCUCCUUCCCUUCUCUAGGGACAAUGUACAACUUUGGAGGGAAAUAAAAGGCCGUAAAAAGCCAAGCAGCAGCGUCUUGUGCGAUGGAAUUGCUACAGGCCACCGCUCUUCAAGUGGGUGCCACGAGAGAGAGAUUUAAGUCCCACUAACAACAGCGGGGCUCCUGUUCAAACAGCCCAGGCUUUCUUUCCCAUUCACCCUCCCUUUCCUCUCCGGCAGACUUUGUGUUUGGCUGUUUAACAUGCUUAAUCCCCAUUCAGUUAUUUGGGGAGAUGGUGGUGAUUUGCUUCCUCUUACCCCAAAUAUGUAUUUUUGGUACUGCUGGAAAUUCCAGGGUUCUUGCCAGAAUGCAGACACCUCCUUGUUUCUUCAUGGCCCGGUGUGGUUAAGUUGUUGGCACUCACCCACUGGGGUUCCCCUCCAAGAAAUGUCAUCCCUGUUUUAUCCUCACCACAAUCCACUGAGGUUCUCCCUGGAGGGACCCUGCGAGGUCCCACAACUUGGACCUUCCCCGUCUCAGUCAGCUAUGCUUAACCAUUACCCUGCCUUAGGCUACAUCAGCUCCCUGAAGAAUCUCUGCUUCGGCCUUCUUGUGGGUUUCGCACGUGCAUCAGUUCAGCCAGUUUCUCCCCACGGCCAGAACUGGGGAGCUGCUCCUUCUCGACGUGGCUGCCCAUCACUACAUUGAGGGAGGCUUAUUGGAAAUGGUUUGGGGCAGCGUUGACCAGUGGGGCACAAGGCCUGGGGAGCAGGAGACGGUGACAGGCUUGCGCUCCUCAGAAUCAUUUCUGCACAAGACUUUUCAGCUGCAGGCCCUCGAAUGGGCCCACAAGCACUGCCUCAACCAGCGUCUUUAGAAAGGGGAGUUUCAAAGUACCUUACGAUGGGA